AUGGGUUCGUUUCCGUUCCCGUGGAUUCUCACAGCGGUACAUACCGGAAGUGCUGCUCUUGGAAGUUCAGUCUUCUUGAUGUUCGGGCAUUUCCAGCUAACGAGGCUGACGCCGCGCGAGCAUCUGGUCCAUUUCAUGUUCUCGCUCUUGUUCACGCUGAACAUUGCAAUGUCAAAUCUGUCGUUAGCCAUGGUCUCUGUUCCCUUCCAUCAAAUCAUGCGAGCGACAUGCCCGCUCUUUACCAUUCUGAUAUACCGUGUUAUUUUCUCCCGAAGAUAUGCACUGAUCACGUAUCUGUCCAUCGUCCCGGUAAUGCUAGGCGUCGGACUGGCUACCUUUGGUGACUACUACUUCACCGCCAUUGGAUUCACCCUGACACUCAUCGGUGUGGUCCUCGCUGCCAUAAAGACCGUUGUUACCAACCGUUUGAUGACGGGGCGCCUGCGACUACCCGCUCUGGAGCUGCUCCUCCGCAUGGGGCCCCUGGCCGCAGUGCAAUCUCUGCUGUACUCGGUGCUCAUUGGCGAAUUCUCAGAAUUUCUUGCUUUUGUGAAUGCCGGACACUUUACAAGGGAAAGGAUUCUGACAGUCUCGGGCAACGGCCUGCUCGCAUUCGGCCUCAAUGUCGCGUCUUUCGAGACGAACAAGCUGGCGGGCGCGUUGACCUUGACCAUCUGUGCAAAUCUCAAGCAAUGUCUGACCAUCGUAUUGGGAGCCUUCUUGUGGGACGUGCCUGUCAGUCCGAUGAACGGCGCGGGCAUCCUGCUCGCUCUGGCAGGUGGAGCGUGGUACAGUAGUAUAGAGCUUAAGUCAAAGGCGAGAGCAAGUGGAUGA